AUGUCCUCCUGCGCCGAACUCCUCCGCUUCCACCUGCCGGGCCACGAAGCGGCGGCGUUGCGCAGCAUCACCCGCCUGCGUGCCGAAGAGCGCUUCUGCGACGUCACCAUCGUGGCGCGGAGCCUCCGUUUCCGGGGCCACCGCGUCAUCUUGGCCGCUUGCUCGCCGUUCCUCCGUGACCAAUUCCUCCUUCACCCCGGCGCCGAGCUCCGCGUCUCGUUGGCUCACAGCGCCCGCGUCUUGGCCGAUCUCUUGCUCUCGUGUUACACCGGCGCCCUCCAGUUCCGGGGCCGAGAGCUCGUCAACUACCUGACGGCCGCCAGCUACUUGCAGAUGGAACACGUGGUAGAGCGUUGCCGCGGCGCCCUGGCUCGCUUCAUCGCCGCCGCGCCGCCCGCCAAGCCCGAGGAGGACGACGAAGAGGAAGACGAUGACGAUGGCGAUGGCGAUGGCGACGGCGACAACGACGGCGACGUCUGCAUCGUGAAGGUGGAGCCGGCGCCGCGCCGACGGCACCGUUGGGCACGGAGAGGAGGAGGAGGAGGAGGAGGAGGAGCCGUCGGCGUGGUGAAGGCGCGGUACAGCCUGGCGGGCGAAGGCGACGGCGACGGCGUCGUCAUCUUCCCCGGCGUCGGCGUGGACGAGGCGGUGGCCGUGGGGCUGGUGGUGGGGCCGCCGGCCGUGGGGGAGUCGACGGUGGCGACGGCGGCCUCAACUGGCUCCAUGGGAGCCGUCCGGGGGGUCUUCUACGGCGGCGGCGGCGUCGGUGGGCGCCUUGGUGUCGAUGGCGACGUCAACUGCGUCAAUGGGCGCGUCAACGGCGUCAAUGAGCGCGUCAAUGGGCGCGUCAAUGGGCGCGUCAAUGGGCACGUCAACGGCGUCGAUGGGCGCGUCAACGGCGUCGAUGAGCGCAUCGAUGGGUGCGUCAAUGGGCGCGUCAACGGCGUCGAUGGGGACGUCAACGGCGUCGAUGGGCGCGUCAACGGCGUCGAUGGGCGCGUCGAUGGGCGCAUCGAUGGCCUCAACUCAACGCCGGCGUCUCCGCCGUCGCGCUGCUCCAAGUGCUCCGAGGCCUUCCACGGCGUAGAGAAGUUGGUGUUCCACAUGCGGGCUCAACACUUGGUGUUCAUGUGCCCGCGGUGCGGGAAGCAAUUCAACCACAGCAGCAACCUGAACCGGCACAUGAACGUGCACCGCGGCGUCAAGUCGCACGCGUGCGGGUUGUGCGGGAAGAGCUUCACGCAGAAGUCCACCCUUCACGAUCACAUGAACCUCCACAGCGGGCAACGGCCCUACCGGUGCUCCUACUGCGACGUUCGAUUCGCUCACAAGCCGGCCAUCCGGAGGCACCUCAAGGAGCAGCACGGCAAGACGACGGCCGAGAACGUCUUGGAGGCCAAUGGGGCAGAGGGGGGGA